AUGGAGGAAAAAGCAAAAAAGUACAAAGUCGCAAUUGUAACAGGUGCAAACUCUGGAAUUGGCUUUAGCAUUUGUCAGCGAUUACUAGAAACUGAAGACGACAACUUGACUCUCAUUAUGGCAUGUCGUAACUUUAAACGAGCAACUGUUGCAAAAGAAAAGCUCUUGAGUCAGUUCCCGUUUGCACAUAUCUCAAUUGAAUUGGUUGAUGUGUCAAAGAUGAUGAGCGUAUUUGCGUUCUGUAGAUCGAUAAAAGAAAAGUAUGAGUAUGUCAAUUAUCUGUUUUGUAAUGCAGGAAUAUUAAGUGCUCUCGGCAUCAAUUGGAAAAAGACCCUUAUCAUGUUGUUCACGCAACCAGUAGAGCUUCUUGAACGAUCGGAUGCUACUAUCCAAAAUGUCGGGGAAGUGACUGAAGAGGGUGUUGGAUAUGUCUUUGCUGCUAAUGUGAUGGGUCAUUACAUCAUGAUGCGAGAAUUAGAAGGCUUAUUUGAGAGAUCAGGCGAUGGACGAGUGAUUUGGACAAGCUCGAUUACUGCUGAUAGUACUUGCUUUGAUAUUAAAGAUUAUCAAGGAGUAAAAAGCUUAAUGCCCUACGAGUCUUCAAAAUGGGCAUGUGAUCUAGUUGCAAUCGCUACACACGAACGGUAUAAGGCAGAGAAUCGUAAGAUUUCUUCUUUUACUACUUCACCAGGUGUAGUUGCCAGCCAAAUUGGUGACAUGCCUUUAUGGAUCACACUGGUUCGUAUCAUUCUUCACUAUAUCAUGCGUUGGAUUGGGAUUCAAUCACAAAACAUUACCGCGUAUAACGGCGCCAUUGCGGACGUAUAUGCAGCAUCUGAGCCACUUUCAAAGAUGGAUCAUCUAAAACGAUAUUCUUCUUUAACUGAUCGAUGGGGACACCCAUUUGUUCGCGGGAUUCCUGUUCAUGAUUACGAUCCUGAUCAAGCCGAGAAAUUGGUUGAAAAAUGUGAAUUGAUGUAUCAAGCUGCAAAGAAAGCUAAUGAUGCUUAA